CGAUUUUUCUUCUCAAAAAGCACUAGUGGCACACUAUCUCGCAUUUAACUAUGUUAGUUGACCAUUUUAAGGUCCAAACUCUCAUAAUUUUGAGACAGGAAAGAAUUUUUGUUUUACAAAACAUUUCAACAUAAAUACCUCCUUAGACCACCGAAAUAAACUAGACAUUUUUAUACUAUGUUUAUGGUAAUUAUUACAUAUUAUUUUAUUCAAAACAAUAAGAACAUCUAAUAUUACUAGGAUUUAGUAAUCUAACUUAUUAAAGUAACUGGCAAACAAUGACACUACGUUACUAGUUAAAUAAAACCAACAAGCACCAAGACUAUUCGUCCCACGCGGAACAAAUUUCGGAUGAGCCUGGCCCUACCACGAAUAUAAGCCGUCAAUAUCCCUAGCGCUUCUCAUUUGGUCCUCGGACGCGGAAACAACAACUCCUCAACGGGAAUAUUAGGGAAAGUUGGGAAAAUGCGUGCAGUGUGUUUGAUACUGUUGGUGGUAGCAGCCUGCAGCGCGGCGCCCGGACCUAGUACCGAAGACGAUGGCAGAAUUGAGCUGUUUUCUGGAGUUGUAUUGGAGAAGGAUACAAACGGCGAAGACAAACUCAAUGUUAAAAUCGAACCCAGGGAACUGAAAGAUGCGGUGCAAACGUUUGAAGAAGCGCGUGGUAAAAUCAAGAAGUAUACGCCACUGUUAGCUGGUAUUGGGGUGAAGGUGAUCGCCGUGGUGGCGCUUCUCUUCGGUGGUCUCACGCUCAUGGUCACCAAGGCGCUGGUGGUUGCCAAGCUGGCCUUCCUCGCUGCUGCUGCUUUAGGCGUCCAGAAACUGCUCAGCGGUGGUGGACUCAAUGGUAUUAGUGGAAAGAUCGCCAGCUUCCAAUCAUCCCCGCAGUCAUGGUCAUCGCCUACAGCAUCAGCCGCAUCGUACCCUUACGGCAGAUCAGCUACCGACGCCAACGAUCUCGCCUAUAAAGCUCAAAUAGUCUCUUAAAUAUCUAAAUAAAUUUUGAAAGUGAUCUUAUAAAAAAAUAAUAUAAUAUUAUAGCGUAAUGAAAAAUCGAGAAGAUAACAAAUAAUCUAAGCGUGCUCGAUCCUGUAAAGAUGUUAAGGUAUAUAAUGCAACAAAAAUCAAAAAGAUAAAAUAAUCUAAGGGUGCUUCCACACUUAUCCGAUAGCAGCUUUCAGUUGAAAUAUUAGUUAACGUUAGUCGAUAUUUCCGCAUCAUCGAUUCGAUUUUCUUUAUUGCUCAAUUUUAUCGAUUUAUGACGGUCGAUGAUCAAACUGAUCUAUAUUGUAUUUCAAAAUACUUAAAUCACUUGAAACUUUUCGUUAAUUUAAUGCAGCAAAACGUCCAUAUAUGACAUCAAUAUGUCAACUGAUCAAGUACUAAUGAUAGCACUCUAGUGUCAUAUUUGAAGUGCUUAUAUUUUAUUUUUUUAAAACGAUUUGAAUACAUAUUUUAAAGAUGCAAUUAAGUAGUAGUAAUU